UACAAGUGUUUUGCAAAAACUUGGGUGGUAUUUUGGGGAGAGUGGAAGUGAACAUGGGUGGAAACUCUUACAGAGUGGAAGACCAUUCAUUUUCAGAGGCCACAGCAACGGCGCCUCAUCCUCCUCCUCCUCCUCGUCCGGUGGAGGAGAUUCACAGACACAGAGUCUGCCUCCCUCCCACCAAAACCACUGCUCAGAAACUCAAGCACAGGGUCUCUGAGAUCUUCUUCCACGAUGACCCUCUCCACAAAUUCAAGAACCAACCUUACUUCACCAAAUUCAUCUUGGCCCUUCAGUACUUCUUCCCCAUCUUCCAAUGGGCUCCCACUUACUCUCUCAAUCUCCUCAGGUCUGAUCUCAUCUCUGGCCUCACCAUUGCAAGCCUCGCGAUCCCACAGGGAAUUAGUUAUGCAAAGCUUGCAAAUUUGCCACCAAUAGUUGGACUCUAUUCAAGUUUUGUGCCACCUCUGAUGUAUUCUAUCCUGGGGAGCUCUAGGCACCUUGGCGUUGGUCCAGUCUCAAUAGCAUCUCUGGUCAUGGGCAGCAUGCUUGGAGAAGCAGUUCAUGUUGCUGAAGACCCAAUUCUGUAUCUUAAACUUGCUUUCACUGCCACCUUCUUUGCAGGUCUAUUUCAGGCUUCUUUGGGCCUACUACGGUUAGGCUUUGUGAUUGAUUUCCUUUCAAAGGCUACUCUGGUAGGAUUCAUGGCUGGAGCGGCGAUCAUAGUAUCACUGCAACAACUGAAAGGGUUGCUUGGGAUUGUGCACUUUACCAGCAAUAUGCAAAUAGUUCAAGUAUUGCUUUCUGUUUUCAAUCACACUGACGAGUGGUCCUGGCAAACCAUUGCAAUGGGCUUCAGUUUUCUUGUGCUACUAUUGACAGCAAGAAAAAUUAGCAUGAGAAAUCCAAGACUAUUCUGGAUUUCAGCAGCUACCCCAUUAACAUCAGUUAUUCUCUCCACCCUGCUGGUCUUUUUCCUGAAAUCAAAAGUUCACAGGAUCUCCACAAUUGGGGAGUUGCCCAAGGGUUUGAAUCCUCCUUCACCAAACAUGCUAUGCUUCCAUGGCCACCAUCUGCAAGUAGCCAUCAAAACGGGCCUUGUGACUGGGAUAUUAUCGCUCACCGAAGGAAUUGCAGUAGGAAGGACAUUUUCAUCUCUGAAGAACUAUCAGAUAGAUGGUAACAAGGAAAUGAUGGCAAUUGGUUUCAUGAACAUGGUCGGUUCGUGCACUUCGUGCUAUAUUACCACAGGAUCAUUUUCUCGGUCUGCUGUGAACUACAAUGCCGGGGCACAAACAGCAGUAUCGAACAUAGUAAUGGCAUCAGCCGUGCUCAUGACUCUAUUGUUCCUCAUGCCACUGUUCUAUUACACCCCCAAUUUUAUCUUAGCUGCAAUCAUCAUAACAGCUGUGAUUGGGCUAAUUGACUAUCAAGCUGCAUUUCGAUUAUGGAAAGUCGACAAGCUCGACUUCUUGGCUUGUUCAUGUUCCUUCUUUGGUGUCCUUUUCAUUUCGGUGCCGCUGGGUCUUGCCAUUGCUGUGGGGGUUUCAGUUUUCAAGAUCCUCUUGCAUGUCACCAGACCAAAUACUAUGGUUCUAGGAAAUAUCCCGGGUACUCAAGUGUAUCAAAGUCUUGCCCGAUACCAGGAAGCUUCGAGGGUUCCCUCGUUUCUGAUACUAGCUGUUGAUUCUCCCAUGUACUUCGCAAAUUGUACUUACAUACAAGAAAGGAUAAUGAGAUGGGUGAGGGAAGAGGAAGAAUGGAUAUUAGAAAACAAGGAGAAUACAUUGAAAUGCAUAAUUUUGGACAUGACAGCUGUGACAGCCAUCGACACAAGUGGCAUCGAUGCACUCUUUGAACUCAGAAAGAAGCUGGAAAAAAAAUCACUUCUGCUGGUUUUGGCAAAUCCGGCGGGAACAGUAAUGGAAAAGCUGCACAAGUCCAAAACAUUGGAGGCAUUGGUGUUGGAUGGACUGUACUUGACAGUUGGAGAAGCGGUGGCCGACAUUUCAUCUGGGUGGAAAGCUCAGCCAUGAAUUUCAUUUAAAACAAAAUUACAGAGUAGGAGAAUUCUUCUCUCCAAACAAAAAACCAAACCCCACCAGCUGCCAUGAAUUCAAGGCUGUAAACCAUUUUACUGAAAAAAUUCAAUUCCUGCCCAAAAGGAAUGUUGUUAGGGAGUUUUUUGUCCCUUUUUGCUGAGCAAAUUUAAGGCAAUAAGCAAAAUUGAAAAGAUGGAACGCUAGUUUUUAUAAA